UGCCACAUGAGACUAUAAAUGAUAAAUGUCACAUAGUUUUUGAGUUGUCUUCUUGUAAAUCUUGUACUAUUUUGACAAAACAGUAAAUUCGUUAAAAAUUUUUCUUGAGUAAUAUGUGGUCAAUGUUAAACGUAUUCAUUCUUUUAACUAGUUUUUUACAUUUUUCACAAACGUUUCGUUUGUUAGACCUACCCAACGGAGAUAUAAUGGAGAAUGAAUACCUAUUUUGUGAUGAUGAUAAUUUGCUAUUAGCUGACAUAAUAAACAAUGGCGAAGUAACAAUGGAGCAAUACUACAAUGCAAUGCAAAACAGGGUAUACAAAUAUUUAUAUUUAUUACCAUAUUAUUUAAACAAGGCAUCUUGUGGUUUAUAUGAGUGGAAAAUGCAAAGCGUAAUGAUCGAAAGUUUGAAUUACAUUAUUAUUUACAUGAAAUACCAUAAAAUACCUUUUUUCAAAAAUUUGGAAGAAUUGAAACCGAUAUUUAAAUUAAGCCUGCAUACACAUUAUUACGAGGUCGAAUAUGAGUUUGACAAAUUUAUGGAUUCUAUUAAGCCUCUAUUCGUUUUUUAUCACAAAAGCGAUCACACUUACGAGGUAGUAAAUAACAAUGAACAAUUACUAAAAAAACUCAACAAAACAAUUAUUUCGGCAUCGUUUUUUAAAAGUUUAUUCAAAAAUGGCUUAGAACAGUUUCCGCCUUUUAUAAAAUAUUAUAAUCAUGAAAAGAAUCAUAAUUCUGUUCAUAAACUAAUUGAAACUAUACACAAUGAGUAUCGAAUUAUUUCUAAAGACACAGUACGUUUAUUAGACCUACCCAACGGAGAAAUAAUGGAGAAUGAAUACCUUUUCUGCGAUGAUGAUAAUUUGCGACUAGGCGAUAUUUUAAACUGUGGUCAAGUUACAAUGGAACAAUACUACAAUGCAAUGAAAAACAAGGCGUAUAAAUAUUUAUACUUUUUACCCAAUUAUAUACUAAGGGAAUUUGAAUACAUAAAGCCAAGUGAUAUUAAAUACAAAAUGGUCCAAAGUUUAAAAUACGUCAUCGAUUACAUGAAACAUCAUAAAAUACCUGUAUUCGAAAAUUUGGAACAGAUGAUACCAAAGAUUAAUUCUGUAAGUGAUGACCAGACAGAAAAUUUUUUAACGGAAUUUACCGAUUGGAUUAAGUCUCUAUUCGUUUUUUAUCACAAAAACGAAAAAACAUAUGAGAUAGUAAAUAACAAUAAAGAACUACUAAAGAAACUCGAUGAAAAAAUUAAAUCUAGCGUGUUAUUUAAAGAUUAUAAAGAAAUUAAUCUCCAUCCAAAGUAUUGUAAAGAGGAACGGUAUAAGAUGAAUUCAAUUUUACUUGUGGUGAGUAUUAUUGGAGAGUACCAAAUAAUAAAAAAAAAAUCUACAAUUUAUUAUUGUGAUUCAUAUUAAUAAAUACAUGAUUGAAAUAAUUUUGAAUUUUGAUUUAAUUUGUUAAUUUAUUAUUUAGGUAAUAAUUAUUUUCUGAUUAUAAUUGUAUCAGAUCAUAUCAGAUUAGUUAUAUAAACUCAUAAAACUAUGUAAUAUAUACAGUUUGAUUAUAUGAUUAAAAUGAACAUUUUAUCUAUAUUAAAAACCAUAUUUUCAUUUUUAGAU